AGAUUCCAUUCAUUUUUGCACUUGAAAGAACUACUAAAAAUAGAUGCAGACAAACGGCAGAGGAGAGCGAGAUGAUGCGGAACAUAUAAGAUCCUGAAACAAAUGAAAAAGAAAAAAAAAAAACAACUUUACUAGUAAUAAGUAAAGUUCUGCUCAGCUCGCUGUCACUUUCCUCUCAUAAAGUCCUGCUAAUGAAGCCGCUGCUUGAGCCUUCACAGCGGCCAGUGCGCACAGCAGAGACACAGGCAGUGUCCGGUUGCAGCCCGGUCCCGACACAAUUCCUCCUCUGCCAUCAGUCAAAGGUCUAUUUUUGGUCGGAGGCUCAGCUGAUUGUGGGCCUUGAAGAUUCUGACCCUCCCUAAUUUUUUUUUUCUUGUAGUCAGUUGUUCAGGCUUAUUAGGAAAAAAGAGGGAGUUGUCCAGCAGCAGAGGCGAGUUUUGCUGAAUGCUCAGCAGCUGCUGAGGGAUGCAGCUCUCUUAAGGUGCCGAGGCGAGAACAUUUUCGUCUGGGUGUUUCCUUUCUGCUCAUCCCUGCGUUGGGGCUUUACACUUUAUCAAGGUCCAUCUUUUGGCAUCUGUUUUAUUUCGCCACUUUAACUUUUUUUUUUAAAAAAAUCUCUUUUGGACGGACAUCAUCUAAAGCAAACUUCUAAAACAAACUUCAGGUUGUUGGAUCGGUGUGUCCACCCGUUGGGUCCCGACGAGGAGAAUGGAGACGAGCCCCAUCCCGGUGGUGACGGUCCAAACCGCCCCCUUCGACGACCAGCGACCCGGUACCAAUGGGCUGCGGAGGAAGACGGCGGUGUUCGAGGGGAAGAAGAACUACCUGCAGAACUACAUCCAGAGCGUGUUGUCCUCCAUCGACCUGCGGGACAGGCAGGGCUGCACCAUGGUGGUGGGCAGCGACGGCCGCUACUUCACCCGGACCGCCACCGAGGUGAUAGUGCAGAUGGCGGCUGCCAACGGGAUUGGUCGUCUCGUGAUUGGUCACAACGGCCUCCUGUCCACCCCUGCUGUUUCCUGCAUCAUCAGGAAGAUCAAGGCCAUAGGCGGGAUCAUCCUCACAGCUAGUCAUAACCCUGGAGGCCCUGGUGGAGACUUUGGGGUCAAGUUCAAUGUGGCAAAUGGAGGCCCGUCUCCGGACACGGUGAUGGAGAGGAUCCACCAGGUGAGCCGGACCCUCGAGGAGUAUGCCAUCUGCCCUGAUCUUCGCAUUGACCUGUCCAGGCUAGGAAGACAAGAAUUUGACCUGGAGAACAAGUUCAAACCUUUCAGAGUGGAGAUUGUAGACUCAGUUGAGGUGUAUCUACAACUGUUGCGAAACAUCUUCGACUUCAGUGCCAUUAAAAGUCUUCUCACAGGACCAGAUCAACUCAAGAUACACAUAGAUGCCAUGAAUGGAGUGAUGGGCCCCUAUGUACGUAGGAUCCUGUGUGAUGAGCUGGGAGCUCCUGCUAACUCUGCUGUCAACUGUGUCCCUCUGGAGGACUUUGGUGGUCGACCUCCAGAGCCCAACCUGACUUAUGCUACUUCUCUGGUAGAGGCCAUGAAAGGAGGUGACUUUGGCUUUGGAGCUGCAUUUGAUGCAGAUGGGGACCGGUACAUGAUUCUUGGAGAAAACGGCUUCUUUGUGAACCCUUCAGACUCAUUGGCCAUCAUGGCCGCCAACCUCUCCACCAUCCCUUACUUCAGACAAAUGGGAGUCAAAGGCUUUGCCAGGAGUAUGGCCACAAGCACCGCCCUCGACAGGGUGGCCAAAGCCAUGAAACUGGCGCUGUACGAGACUCCCACAGGCUGGAGGUACUUUGGGAACCUGAUGGAUUCUGGGCGCUGUUCCCUAUGCGGGGAGGAGAGCUUUGGGACAGGUUCAGACCACAUUCGUGAGAAAGAUGGCCUGUGGUCAGUGUUGAUGUGGUUGUCCAUCAUGGCUGCUAGGAAACAGGGUGUGGAGCAGACUGUCAGAGAACACUGGGCCAAGUUUGGACGCCACUACUUUUGCAGGUUUGACUAUGAAGGCCUGGACCCACGUACAGCCUUUUACCUGAUGAGGGAUCUGGAGGCUGUAAUUACAGACAAAGCAUUCACUAGCCAGAAGUUUGCCGUAGGGGACCACAUAUACAGCGUGGAGAGGACCGACAACUUUGAGUACAUUGACCCCGUGGAUGGAACAGUGGCUCGAAACCAGGGUUUAAGGAUCAUCUUCACUGACGCAGCUCGCCUUGUGUUUCGGAUGAGCGGGAGCGGUGGAGGCAUGGGUGCCACUAUCCGCAUUUAUGCUGAGAGCUUCGAGAGAGAUCCUGAGAGACAUAACAGAGAGACACAGGUGGUGCUGGGUCCUCUCAUCGCCAUCGCCCUGAAGAUCUCCAACAUCCACGAGAGGACGGGACGCCGUGGCCCCAACGUCAUCACAUGAGCUGCCAGGAAAACGCAGGCACACACACACAUGCAUCUACCUGCUCACACAGAGGAAAGAUUUUCCAUGCUUAUCUGCCAUUUUUGAAAUCCCCACUCUGAAGCUCCGUUCUCAUUUUUUUUUUUUUUUUUAAUUCCUUGAAAUGAAAUAGCUAAAACGAGGGUGCUUUGUCUUUCCAAGAAGAAAGUUAAUGUUGCACACAGGUUUCUCUGUUGUUUAUUGACCGCUAUCAUCUGUUACAGAAAGUAAGAAAAACAGGGAGGCUAUUUAAUUUUCACCAUGGAUUAAUGAUGAAAACUAUAAAGAGCAAACAUAUUAUGAAUGUGCAGACUGACUGUUAAUGUUUGUGGCUUUGCUUUUAUCAAGACUUACUAAGGGAGCCUUAGAAAGUCAUUUUUACUUCACCCAGCUGUUUUUGUAUAACAGUGCUGUGUUCACUUUUCAUGUUGUGCCUGUCCCCUCAUAUAUGUCACAGUGUUUUCUUUCCAGUAGUUUCAUUCAGAAAUAAUCCAACUGUUGUUUGAAUAUGAAAUAAAACAGGCCUUGCAUCACAACUAAUAUAUCAGUGGAUUGAAUUACAAUUAGUUCAUGUCUAUUAUGAAAUCAAUGUUAAUGCAUAUCUUGACUCAUGUUUACUACUUAAGGACAGAGUAUUCAAGAUGUAAAACAACAAUAGCAAAAGGAGUAGUGGGUGAUGAAAAUAUAUAUAUAUAAUUUAGAAUUGUUUACUGAUUGGGCUUUUUCUUCAGCUUGUCAGUUUAGGCCUUUGGGAAUGCGUAGGCUGUAACCAUAUUUGAAUAUAUUAUUACUUUUUUUUUUUUUUAAAACUAAAUAAACUUUUUUGUGUGUAGCA